AUGUCGCUAAAAAUUGUUCAACUUGCUCCAAAUGGAUAUAGUUGCCGGAUCGACGAGAAUGAGUACACAUUUCUCGAUCCAACAUCAAUCGGAUACCGACGUUGUCAAGCUCUUUUGGUAAGUGUGUUUUUGUAGUUUAAAAAAAAACAAAUCUUAAUUUAGGUCACUAAAUGCCCUAACUUGAUCGAACUUCAAGAAAAAGAAUUACGGAAAAUCGUGAUGCAAACUUCAAACUUCUGUUCGAACAAUGAUCACGACAACACUAGAAAUCAACCAUUCAGCUCGAAGAAAAAUGUGAAUUUCUCAAUUACCACACUUUUGGAUAAAACUGGAGUUAUUGCACCAACUUCUGAAUCGGAACCUUCGAUCACAAAUUUUAUAGAUGCUCCACCUGCAUCUGAACCUGUGAUCUCUAUUUCAAGGAAACGUGGAAAUUCUCAAGUCGAAGAAAACCCCAAGAAACAGAAGGUCACUGAAGAAUCGAUAUUUUUUGACGAAGAGAUUAAGCUCAAAGCAAUAGUUCCUGAUUCUAAGAAAAGUUUAUUGAAAUCGAUUAUUUUUUCCAAAGAUCAUUAUGAACACAUAACAUCAUCACAGUAUGAAAACAAUUGGGCAAAAUAUAUAAGAAAUUUAAAUAAAUGGACUGAUGAUGCUGUGAACAAAUAUGAAAAAGACUUUGGAAUUCCGAACGCAGAAACUCAUACAUUGGAAGAUCUGAAAAAAAUUGCCGAGAAGAACAAUUCAUGGAGAUUUAUAUUGUGGAUUCGUGAAGAAGGAUCUAAGAAAUAUAAAAUUCAUAUGGAUUUAAACAAGAGCGCCGAAAAGAUUUGUUCUAUCGGAUUUCACGAUGGUCGUUUUGAUUGCAUCAGAUUGACUUCACCAUGUACCGAUUCAACGUAAGAUUUUACUUUAAAGGGGGAAUAUCCAAUUGAAAUGUUGGUGCAUAUAGAAUUCAGAAUCGAAUGGUGUAAAUAUCACUAUUAAUGACAGACAAUUAGAUAUUCCCCUUUUAAAUUCAUCCAAGUAGUAUUUAAAUAUAUUAUAAUUUUUAUAGCUUCUGUCGAAAAUGUCAUUUGCUACACCAAGAUCAUAAUCAUAGCUUAAGAUGUUCCGUAAGAUGCCGCAAAUGCGGUAGAUAUCAUUGUACUGGUAUUGAAGAUAUUCGAGAAUGCGACGAUUGCAACAAAGUUUUCACAAAACGCGAAUGUUAUGUCGCACAUAAACAACUGCAACAUCGCCACAAAACCACAUACUGCUAUAAAUAUAGAGUGUAAGUAACAUUUCUACAUUUUUAAUUCGAAUUAUUUUUUACAGGUGUAAAGAGUGUGGUGUGUGGUAUGAUUUUGGUAAAAAUGGCGAACAUUUUUGUGGGAUCUUACUAUGCCCAUUUUGUAAAACGUUUCAACCAAUAGAACAUAUUUGCUGA